AUGGUGAACAAGGUCAAGGCUGCCACCGAUGAGUUAUGGCAACUGUAUAACAAGGCCAUUACUGAACAAGAUAUGGAAAUUACUCGGAAAGAUGAUCAAUACCUCAAAGUAUUGCAAGAGUCAGAUGCAAAGAUGUGUAAACGUAUGGAGCUAUGCGACAAGCAAAUCACUGAAUUAAAGGAAUUAAUGAUCAAAGCCUAUGAAAGGGAUGUAGCCAUGCUACGAAACUUGAAAACUCUUUUUCAAACGGAAAAAGACAAGAUCAUUAAAGAGAUGACUCUCUCAUCGGAGCAGGUAAAUGAAACAUUCAAACCACUAGAGAAGUACUUUUCAAUGAUAAAGUAG